AUGGCGAUUAUUCAAGAAAGUUGUAUUGAUCCUUUGGGAUCAUAUGUUGUAUAUUCCCCAGUUAAUAUAUCUGACAUGAAGAUGAGUAUAAAUGGUGAAGAGUCACCAACGAUGUCAAUGUUUCCAUCCGGCAUUGUCAUCUCAAAGGAUGGACGGUGUAUUGCAAAUGCUUGUGCAUCGAGUAGUGCAAAUGUUGAUACAAGAACAUAUGGUUCUCUGUUGACUGUGGCUUUCCAAAUACUGAUGAAUAGUCCAACAACCAUGAUAGCAGAAUCGAAGACUGUUGUUAACUCUCUCAUGACCUCAACAGUGAAAAACAUAAACCAUGCUCUCAUACGUGCAUUAACGUAUGGGAAAAUACCUGAAAUUACCCUAAACAUUGACGUUUAUCGUAAUGUUAAGAAUAGAGUUCCUUCAGUGGUAUCAAAAUACU